GCAUAUCCUCCCACGCGCGCCUCGCUCGUUGUUAUCCUGCAUCAUGUUCCUGCGAUGCGACAUCGAUGACUCGAGAACAUAAUUCUUGCGUUUUGGACGUUGCCGUUUCAUCGACAAGGCUGCGUACGGUUUAACAUUCGAAAAGAUCCAUACGAGAGUUGCUGAAAGUAUUGGUAUACAUGCCUUCGCUGAUAAUUCGUCCCACGGAGGGCUGAGAGUCUCGUGUGCAUGAAUGAAUUACAAAUCUCAGCGAGCCAUGCACGGGCUGGACGGAUACGUGGCGGGACUCCUUCGAGAUACCGUGACUUUCCUCGAGUCCCUGGAUAAGGUCGAGUUGCCGAACGACCAGAGCAACUUGCGCGAGAAUUUGCUCGAGCGGUUGGGCACGGUUCUCGAGCGUAGCGCGGAAUUGGCCGAACCGUACAUCGAGAUGGGCCCCGGGGCGUGCAGGAGCAUGCCCCUUCUCACGCCCGGCGACAUGGACGACGAGCCGCUCGAGGAGUACGUUCCCGCUGACGCGACUCCCAAGUCUCAGAGGGGCUCGCUCCAGCACUAUUACGAGGCCUUCCAGGAGUUUCGGGGUAACAGAGGCAGCAAGCGCUGGAUGAGCGACAAGACCAACGGGAUACCGGUAGCCGAGGAGGGCCUCGAGAUAGACGAGGUUGUCCUGCGCUGCGGGAAUUUUACGGCCGCCCAGGCCAAGGACAAGGCCACCAAGUCGGGAACUCUGAUCCACCUCACGGCCAUCCGCAAGAUGUUCUCCCCUCUGAGCGUCUUCUGGCUGAACAGGCAACACUGCUGGAUCAGUUUGGUCGGUUCGCACCUGCUGCUGUACGGCAGCGAGAAGGACAACCGGCCGCACUCGGUGCUGCCGCUGCAAAAGUACAGGUGCCGUGCGGCCCCGGGUUCCCUGGCGCGCGACCGGCGCCACAAGAACACCACCUUCGAGCUUUACUGUCCGGGCGAACGGACCUACCAGUUUGCGGCCAAAAGCGACCAGCAGAUGCGCGAUUGGAUCGCCGCUGUGACCAAGUGCCACGUCGACGAGGCCAAGGAUACUCUUAAAACCGACGCCAUCGGCCCGGUCAUGGAACUGCGGUCAAAAUGCGUCGAGCAGGUCAAGGAACGCAUCCGACAGAAUUACGAGGACGUCCUCGUCCCGACGACACCGCCAAAGCCCAAAGAAAAAAAGUCAGUCACCGUGAAGGUGGAAGAGUCGCCUGCAGCCGUCCCGGCGUUGCCGGCGCGGGUGAGGAGGUUGCCGUCGCUGCCGUCGCAAGAGUCGCUCAAGUCCUCGCACCCGAUAACGUACGAGCCAAGGGAGGAGGCCGACGAGGACGAGGGAUUGUACCACAAAAUCGAGGAUCUGAAGGCUCAGAGGGAAUACCAGAACUUUCCGGUCCCUCUUGGCGUGGACAGCGAUCCUCGGGGCCAGAGUCCGGUCCAAAAUCAGAGCGGAACGGAGCAGGAGCUGUACGGCAAGGUGGUAAAGUCGGCCAACGCGUCGAUGAAGAGCAGCAACGAAAGCGACGAGUCCUCGGUUCACGACCAAGUCCGGUCGAGGAGCGCCAGCAGCGGUAGUCUCAGUCAAAACGAUUACGACGACGUGAGGCGUGUCAAGGAGUUGGAUGGGUUAGCGAAUGUGGCACCGGAAACGCGGCAAGUCGACGUGGAGGUAGGGGACAAGAUGGGGGAAGCCGAGUCAGCCAAGGCAGAGGAGGUGAAGGAACAAACCGAGACAGCGGUGGGAAAAAAGCCCAGGAAAAAGCGCUCGUUCCUGGAUCGGAUGCGCACGCGCAAGCUAUCGCUGAAACUCAAGGAUGACAAGACGAGUUCGAAAACGGCGUCGAUGCAGCUGGUCCUUUCGACGCCCCCCACUGCAAUCCAACAAUCGGUAGUUGCGAGUGCAAAAAAUCACGAGUCGAGCUCCCCGAACUCCGUCAAAUCUUUGAUUUUGUCUCGGACGGACUCGGCCAUGUGGCGAGUUAACGAAGAGGUCGAGCAGAAGGUGGGGGCGAAGAAACGGGAGAAGCAAGUCACGGAGGGCGAUUACGUAUCACCACCCCCACCGAGGCCCAUAUAUUCCAGUUUGCCGGCAGUCACAAAGUGCGUCAUUUCCCAAGAUAUUUACGACGAUGGUGGAGCCGACGUCAAAGGCUGCAAGGGCUGCACCAAGCUUCACGCCGACAACGAGCACUGCCGACCCAUCAACCCGUUGAAAAACAAUUUAUUCCUCUCGGAAUUGCAGCUCACCAUCCAAAGACAGCAAAACCUGCAGCAGCACUACCAAGUGCCGAAGCCCGUCGGUCGCAAGGUCGUCGAGCAAUCGGACAAUUUGUACAGCGAUGUCACGCUCUCUGAAACCUGCGUGAGCUGGUGAUGCCAUUGAUACGACAAUGACUAGGGAUAAUUCGCAUUAAUCCCGAGGCUAUGACAAAGAGACUACAUAUACCAAAUACUUACUCCUACAAAAGCUUAUCUAUGAAACGGAUGGACAAGCCACGAGAGCAAGAUCUAUGGGGCGCAGGAUCGAUUGCCCCGAUCGAAAUAUCGAAUUAUUGUACCGUUGAUACGUAUUUGUUUUUUUUUUUUUUUUUUUUACAAACGCAGACCCCUAUACUCGAGUCUUGCUUAUAGUUUAUACAAAUAAACCAUUGUUAAUUUAUUUUAAA